AUGGCUCCCGCACUUCCCACGCAAGACUACUACGUCACCUUGGGGGUGCGACCUUCUGCGCUGUACGGCGAGAUCAAGACGUCAUACCGCCGCCUCGCACUAUUGCAUCACCCGGACAAGAACAUCGGAUCUCAACAUGCGACCGCGACGAUUCAGCUUGUGCGGAGAGGCCACCGUGCUUUGACGACAUGGGAAGUACUCAAAGAUGCGACUAAGAGGAGCGAAUACGAUCGCAACCGUCAACAACGAACUGCUUCAUCCUCAGGCAGUCAACCUUACGCUCCAUCUCCAGCCACAUCACAGCCAAACCCUCAGCCGCACCCGCAAAACGAGACACCAGCGCAAAGGGAAGCGCGUGCACAAGCAGAGAGCAACCGGAUACGACAAGAGUGGCUAAACUAUGAGAGAUCUCAGAAAGAGCAGAUUCGUCAAUGUCGUAACACUGUCAAGUCUCUUGAAGCCGAACUCGAGUGCCUGAACAGGAAUGUCUUUGAGAAUCGAGCAAAGCUAGCAAACGACAAUCAGUCGGAAGCGGGCACAUUGGCCUUCUUGAGCAACAGACUGAGUGAACAAGAGAAGAGCGACAUCACGUUAGCCACAAUCAACGCGGAGAACGCCAUUCGGAUCAAGCAGAUACGCCUAGACGAAGCAAGGGUACGGCUCGAACAGCUGAACGAUGACCUCACGAAACGAAAAAAUCAAGAACGCGAAAGGCUUGUGGCUGAGCUGGCUGAGAAGGCGAGGAAAGAACGGCUUGCGAAAGAAAAGGCUGAACAGGCCCGACAGUGGGAACAGACAAGACAAGCAUGGGAGGCUGAACAACGUGCUGAAAAGGAGUCCCGAAAAGCACGAAAGAAAGCGAAGCGAGAAGCAGAACAAAAAGCAAGACAGGCAGCAGAACAAAAAGCAGGAUGGGAGGCAGCAAAGAAAGCAGCAAGAGAAGCAGAGGAGUAUGCGAGAGAGGAAGCAGAGUACUGGGCGACGCAGAAAGAAGAGCGUCGCAUGAGAGAGGAAGCAGAGUAUUGGGCGAGAAAAGAAGCAGAGGAGUAUGCGAGACAAGAAGAAAAGUAUCGUGCGAGAGAGGAAGCAGAACGUCGUACGAGAGAGCAAGCGGAGCUUCGUGCAAGACGGAAAGCAGAGCAUCGUGCGAGGCAAGAAGCAGCUCACCGUGCAAGACAAGAGGAAUCGAGGAAGCGCGCGGCAAAGGAACAUGCAGCAAAGCAGUACGAGGCCACAGCAGCAGAACGAUCACGAGCGAGGAGAUCCAACUGGUUGAAGGCCAGCAUACUUGCGCAUUCUGUAUUCGAAUACUCGACGAGUUCUCAAGGCAAUGUUUCGGUUGCGGUACCAAAGCAUGUGUCACCUGUGCGCAAAAAUUGA